CCCCCGGUGGGCCGGGCUCGCCCCUCUUGGGUUCUGCCGCGCCAGCCGCAGGCCUGGAGGAGCCGGGCAGGGGUGGUCCUGGCAUCUCUCGGGAAGGGGCCUUAGUGCGGGGCAGGCGCCGCGGGCUUGCUGCUGUCGUUCCCUGUCUCUUAGCAAGCGAGGGGAGCAGACACCAGCCUGGGAGCAGCGCAGAAUCUAGAACAGUGUUUUCUGCAGGUCUGAGAAACACUUUUGUAAGAAGCAAAUGCUUGCACUUGGAUAUACUAGACGACACCCAGGAGGUAGUCUCUGAACUUGUGAUGAGGAUCCAUAAUCUUUGCUCCCAAGAAGUUUGAGCUGUAUUCUCCAUGAGAGUUUGUCACUAAUAAUCUCUUGCACCUGAAAUGCUCUUUUAUUCCAAGUAAUUGAAAGUCACUGGGGAUUAAUAAAGAAGAUUUGAAAAGACACUUUUAUAAAAACAGUAAAUUCACAAGGAGACACAAGAUGGUUCCUUUUUUGUUUCUUGAUAUUGGACAUUCCCGUCUAGUCUACUUCUGGAACAGAACUGGACUUACCAACUCAUCAAAAGAGACGUACUGCUAUAGCACUGCACAGGGCAGCACUGUACUUCAGGGAGUAACUUUUGGUGGAAUUCCUACAGUCCUGCUCCUGGAUGUUACCUGCUUUUUGAUCUUAAUAUUGGCCUUCUCUGUAAUAAGGAAGAAAUUCUGGGAUUAUGGUCGUCUUGCCUUGUUGUCAGAAAAUGAAAGUGAGUCAAGACACUGCAGGAUGUCAUCAUCCUCAUCAGCAAUGGAUGACCUUGAAUAUGACAGGGGGUUUUGUUCUUGGAUGAUGGCUGCCUUUCGAAUGCGUGAGGAAGAGAUUAAUGAGAAGUGUGGUGAUGAUGCCAUACACUACCUUGCCUUCCAGCGCCACAUCAUCUGCUUGCUGGUUACUAUGAGCAUUUUGUCAGUGUGUGUCAUAUUGCCUGUCAAUUUAUCUGGUGACUUGCUUGAUAAAGAUCCAUAUAGUUUUGGGAGGACAACUAUAGCAAAUUUAGAAACUGGCAAUGAUCUUCUUUGGCUGCACACUAUUUUUGCUGUUAUUUACCUGAUUUUGACUGUUGUCUUCAUGAGACAUCAUGUGAAGUAUGUCAAGUAUAAAGAGGAAGACACAGUCAAGCGCACAUUAUUCAUUACUGGUCUCCCAAAAAAUGCAAGGAAAGAAACUAUAGAAAGGCACUUUACUGCUGCAUACCCAACCUGUAAUGUGCUAGAGGUCCAGUUGUGUUAUGAUGUAGCUAGGCUUAUUUAUCUUUACAGGGAAAGAAAAAAGGCAGAAAAAAGCCUGGCUUAUUUUACACACCUGCAUCAGAAGUAUGACAAGCGGGUCCGAAUCAACCCAAAGCUAUGUGGUCAAUUCUGCUGUUGUGAUAUUGGAAGAUGUAAAAGGGAAGAUGCCAUAGAUUAUUAUACCCGAGUUGCAAAGAAGCUGCUGGAAGAAUACUUGAAAGAAGAACAAACUGUUCAUAAUAACCCACUGGGAAUGGCUUUUGUAACAUUCCAAGAGAAAUCUAUGGCCACAUAUAUCCUUAAAGAUUUCAAUGCCUGCAAAUGCCAAAGUUUUAAGUGUAAAGGGGAACCUCAGCCAUCCACGUACAGCAAAGAACUCUGCAUUUCAAAGUGGAAUGUUACAUAUGCAACUUACCCCGAAAAUAUUUGUUGGAAGAAUUUUUCAGUGUGUGGGCUAAAAUGGUGGUUGAGGUGGUUUUGUAUUAAUAUGCUCCUUUUUAUUGUACUGUUUUUUCUGACUACACCUUCCAUAAUCAUCUCUACCAUGGACAAGUUCAAUGUCACUAAACCUAUUCGUUACCUUAAUGAUCCAAUUGUUAGUCAGUUCUUCCCAACAGUUCUCCUGUGGUCCUUUUCUGCUCUCCUACCAACAAUGGUUUAUUACUCAACAUUGCUGGAAUCCCACUGGACAAAGUCUGGAGAAAACAGAAUAGUAAUGCAUAAAGUCUACAUUUUUUUGAUCUUCAUGGUGUUGAUUCUGCCUUCUCUUGGGUUGACCAGUCUUGACUUCUUUUUUCGUUGGCUGUUUGACAGAGAAUCAGCUGAAUCUACAGUCAGAUUAGAAUGUGUGUUCCUGCCUGACCAGGGAGCCUUCUUUGUGAACUAUGUGAUUGCCUCUGCUUUCAUUGGCAAUGGGAUGGAGCUGCUGCGCUUACCUGGUCUCAUCCUGUACACCAUACGCAUGAUAAUGGCCAGGUCCACUGUUGAAAGGAAAAACAUUAAACAGCAACAAGCAUUUGAAUACGAGUUUGGAGCAAUGUAUGCCUGGAUGCUGUGCGUAUUCACCGUCAUCAUGGCCUAUAGUAUCACAUGUCCUAUUAUUGUCCCAUUUGGUUUUAAAGCACCCACAACUAUGUUCACAUUCCUAGUUGUCAGCAUCACCAUUGUUGUCUGCUUAGCUUACACCUGUUUUGGUUGCUUCAAGUACCUGAGCCCUCUGAAUUACAAGAUAGAAGAAGUGUCAGGUGGAAGAGGAAGUGACACUGACAGAGGAGAAGCUCCAAGACAUUCUAUGUACAUCCCACGGGUCCUGCUUCAUCACCCUACGGAAAGGACAACACUAGCUCAGACUGAGCACCAGUCAUAUGGCACCAUGGGAGCAAAGGGUACCCAAGCAGAAGACUCUGUUACGUGUUCAGUGGAACCUGCUAGGGGCCUGGAAAAGGCAUAGAAGCCUUUCUGGUCAUCUCCAGGACUAACACAAGGUGGAGCACUUGGUCCUGCUUUAAAAGAGCUAAUCCCCCAAGCACUCUGAACUGCAAGCUGUGCCUGAAGGGGAGGUACAGAAAUAAUUCAGUGUGUGAUCUGCAGCUGUGCUUGGAGAUUAAAGAGCAGCCGCCUUGGGAUUGAUUAUUUUCUAAGCUGUCUACCGUUGUGAAUGGGAUGAGAAGAGAGAGGCAGCCCUCGGGGACUUCUCCUGUGCAUUUACUGUUUAAUCACUUACCUUAUGGAGAUCUUUCACACUUCACAUAGAUAACAGGUCAGUGGAGCAAAUGCAACGCCCUGAUUGCAGGUGUCUUCUCUUUACUCAAAAUGACUCUCCUCAAAUUUUAACCAACUGUAAAUAUUUAUCAAUCACUAGGAACUGGUAGAUCUUGAGACUGUCAGUUUAGAUGGAAAAAACUGAGAGCAAAUAUUACCAUACUGGCAAGAGCCAGGAAGACAACUUGUGGUACAGUGUUGUCUCUUCUGUCACCCAAGGUAUCCAGUCUAGACAUGAACAUCCUACUUUGCUAGUGAAUGUAAAGCCCUUGUCUCUUUCAGAAAAGUGCACAGUACCAAACCCAGAGGGCUGGUGUGAAUAUGAAAGAAGUCUCUUAUAACUUUUAUAUAUUUUUGCGGGGAUGUAGUUAUUUACUUUCUGGUCACUUGUUGAGGGGCCUUCUACAAUGAACGUUCACCUGCCAACAAUAAAGGAUAUAAAUAUUUUAUCUUUUUUUUAAGUCUUGGGUUAAAAUGACAAAUCUUUGUACUUCCUUACUAAGUGCCAGUUGUACAAGCUGUAAGAUACUACGUGGUAUUUUAAAUUAUGUAGUAGGUGCCAAUUUAUCCCAAAGCAACAUUGUGUCAAACUGUAACUAAGCAAUAAUCACAAGCAAUAAAACACUGAGUUCAAAGAGGGAUUCCAUAACUGGGUUUUAUGGACCAUCUUUCUUUGCAUAUUUAAAAUACUCCAUCUUGUGCCAACUUGGACCCCAAGCAAAACUGACAAGUCAUUUAAAAAAAAAAAGUCAAUUAGGACCAAAUGUGCAACGCACUGUUUGAAUGCUAAGAGAGCAAGUGCUCUUGACUCUCCCCAGCAGUUAGUCUUGUUGAUGUCUGCAUAGAAACUCCUUCUAUUCUCUUGUUUCUCUACUUGGCUGGCUGUCCAUCACAUGACUGCAAGCUCCUCAUGCUGGGACUCUGUUCUUGAGUGUCUGUAAAGCAACCAGCACCUGUAGCAUGCUACAACAAACACGUAAAUAAAGGUGUUUAGUGGUUUGCAGAAU